AUGCCAUCAUACAAGUCGAAUGAGUAUGUGUCUGACUCUGAAGGGUCAGAAUAUGAAUAUGAAGCUCCUAAGGGGUUUGUUAAUGUGAUACAGAAAACGAAAAAGCAAGCAUUCAAGAUACCAUCGGAAAAGGAAGUAUGGAUCAUCAAAACACCUAAAGGAUUCCCUGUUAGCAAGCUCAAGACGUUACCUAUUUCGUUUACAUCCACCAGCAUAAGCAAUGGUCCUGAGCCAUUUGCAUUAGAAGGGUCUCAAUUCCAGAUCAAUGAAGAGAACUUUAGCGAGAGUAACAAGAUGGCUAUUCUUGGGAUGAAUAAAGAUGGCCAUUAUCAUAGCUCACAGGUACCAGUGACGCGGUUUUACAAUGUUCGUGAGACUGUGGCUAUCAAUGAGAUUGCAUGGGAUUCUGUUAAGACUCCUAGAGAAGAUGUAGAGAAGUUCGCUGGGUUGAGAAUGAGACAUUUCCCCAGUGGUUAUGGAGCUGGAGACUAUGACGAAGCAAAGCCUGAAAGACCUUUAAAAAAGGCAAAAAUAGACAAGGAAGACGCUUCUAAGAAGAGUAAGAAGGAAAAAAAGGAGAAGAAGGAAAAGAAGGAAAAGAAGGAAAAGAAGAAGAAAGUUUAG